AUGUUCACUUCAGCCGUCAUUCUCUCCCUCCUCGCUAGUGUCUCGGCAUGGACCUAUCCCUCGCCCGGCUGCUCCAACGGCGCCGGCUUCAAGCUCGACUCGACCGGUCGGGUAAACAGGACACUCCCCUCGGGCCGGACCUACCUCUUCCACCUCCCGGGCGCUUACAAUGCCUCGAACGGCGCACAUCCGCUUGUUCUCAGCUUCCACGGCGCUGGCGGAACAUCAGCGAACCAAGAGCGGCUCUCGCAGUUCUCACAAGACGGUCUGCUCAUCAAUGAGCUGCCGAUCAUCGCUGCGUAUCCACAAGGCGCGAACAAUGCCGCGGAGAAUAGGACAGGGGUGUGGUACUCUGCGCCUUACUACAACAAGACGGUCGACGAUGUCCAAUUCGCCAAAGACAUAGUCACCGAUAUCCAAAAUGCCUACUGCGUCGAUCGGAUCCGUAUCUACGCCAGCGGAAAAUCUAACGGCGGUGGCUUUACAGCCUACCUUGCCUGCCGCCCAGACACCUCUGUCCUCUUCGCGGCCUUCGCUCCCGUCUCCCCUGCUCUCUACCCCGAGUCACUCGCUUUCAAGGGCUGCAACCCCGCCCGCGCCGUACCUAUCAUCAACGCCCACGGUGUCCUGGAUACCACCAUCCCCUUCGCCGGUCGCAAUGACACCAACGGGACAUACGGUGUUGGUGUCGCGACGAUCAAUGUGCCCCUCUGGCGGCGACAAUGGGCGAUCCGGAACGGCUGCAAGACGGACGUACCUGCCGUCCAGACCAACCCGUACCCCAAUACCACCGAGAUGAUCUGGCGCUGCAAUACCACUUUCCAGGCGUACACGGUCUCCAACCUCGGACACUCGUGGCCGACCACCGGGGCCUUGGAUGCUUCUGGUGCACCCAACAAUACCGCCAGCUUCAACCUCACCUCCCCUGCCAUGAUCACCUUCUUUGACGUCAAUCCCCUUCCUUUCCAGUAUAUCCCGGGGUACAAGGCUUAG